AUGGCUAAGAUCGCUGCCGCCGCCGCCGCCGCCGCCGCGGCGCUGUGCCUCGCGGCCCUGGUGGCCGUGGCCGUCGGCCAAGGCGAGGUCGAGCGGCAGAGGCUCAAGGACCUGCAGUGCUGGCAAGAGGUCCAGGAGAGCCCGCUCGACGCGUGCCGGCAGGUCCUGGACCGGCAGCUCACCGGCGGCAUGCGCUACGGAGUCGGCCCGUUCCGGUGGGGCACCGGGCUCCGGAUGCGGUGCUGCCAGCAGCUCAAGGACGUGAGCCGCGAGUGCCGCUGCGCCGCCAUCCGAAGCAUGGUCAGGGGCUACGAGGAGACCAUGCCGCCGCUGGAGAAAGGGUGGGGGGGCAGCAGCCGCAGCCGGGCUACUACCCCUGCAGCGAGGCAGGAGAGGGAUACGGUUACGGUGAGAGUGGCCAGCAGCCGAUGUAUCCACCGUGUCGUCCCGGCACCGGGAGAAAAAUCGCCCGCGUGA